AUGGUGGUUGCUGCCCUUGCGAACCCCACGAUCGGUUAUGCCGGCUACUUUUACACCAACUGCACCAGCCCUAGCAUCGAUGCCGCCAACGCCUACGUCGGUGCCUGCAUCAACGUCGAGGAUUUUCCCAUCAAGUCCUUCAGUGCCUAUAUUGAGUCUGGCUCCUGCUCGGGUGACACCUCAGCCGUACUGAAUAUUUACACUGCCUCUGGCUGUGACGACACAACUCUUCAUGAUACUGUCAGCGUUGAUACCGAGAAGCAGUGCUUUGAGGCCAAUAUCACCCUAGUUAGCUUGCAAUCCGAGUGCGUCUAG